AUCUACUAGUGAUGAUGUAUUAUGGAGGAAGUUGAUGUCAGAUAUCAUUUUCCUAUCAUUCAUAAAUGUAUUGGGGAUAUAUUACAGGAACAUGAACGAAAUUGUGGUCAGGCACAGUUUUUUGGAUAGGCGAGAUUACAUAAUGUCUACUCAUCAACUCAAGCAUGAAAAACAACAAGUGGAGAAUCUUAUGCAGAACAUCCUCCCACAUUACAUCAUCGAUAAAGUGAAAGAAAAAUAUAUAAAAGCCACGACACAUUAUUUAAAAAAUGGAAAAGUACUAAGGAUGAAUCCGUUUCAAAAUUCGCUACUAGAUGAACAUGAAAAUGUGUCAAUACUUUUUGCUGACAUCGUAAAUUAUACAGAAAUGACAACACAAUUGGAUAUAACGGGUUUAUUAGAAACUCUCAACGACUUAUUUGGAGCAUUUGACGAUGCAUCAGUGAAACUGAAAGUAACCAGGAUAAAAUUUCUUGGAGACUGUUAUUACUGCGUGGCUGGUUUGCCACCUGAUGCGGCACCAAAUCCAGCAGAGGCAUGUGUGGAUCUGGGACUGGAGAUGAUAUCAACUAUAGCCAAGAUUAGGAAACAGAGAAACCUGGAUAUAAACAUGAGAAUUGGUGUUCACAGUGGCAGAAUCAUAAGUGGCAUAAUGGGUUCUGUGAAAUAUCAGUUCGACAUAUGGUCGAAAGAUGUUGAUAUCGCUAAUAAAAUGGAAAGUGAAGGCUGUCCUGGGAAAGUACAUAUAACUGAUACAACUAAAAACUUAUUAAAGAAGGAAUAUAACAUUGUGUCAACAGAUAAAGGAGAGAAUGUACCUAUUUUCAAAGAAAGAGGCAUCCAAACUUAUCUCAUAUCACCGUCAAAUCCAAGGAAUAGUCGUUACGAGAACGACAUGUCAUGUAAUCGAGGGAUGAAACCACGGUUGUCAAAAUUUUCGAAACAAAACUCAUUGCCAAAUGGUGUUUGGCUCAGCCAAAUGCAGAGAAGUAUUUCCAUGUCGAAUGAAGAGCUUAUUGGCAGAAGAGAUAAUCAACAGUUGACCAUUAUAGAGGAGGCCAAUAACAUGAGAGCUGUUUAUGAAAGAACAGACUCUGGGACGGACAAAAUUUUCAAAAAAAGAGUCAGUAAUAACUCAGCAUCCAUGUCUACAAUUGAGGCAAGGCGUAGCACGAAUACAAUCAAAAGAAGGACGGCAUUCAUGAACAACUCCAUUAAAAGGUAUUCAGAACGUACUGAAGCAGUGAACGAGGAAAUGGAAAAAACAAUAAAUUCUAUUUCUUUCUCAAAAUAUCAGCAGUUCAAAGAAAAUGUGGAUAUCAGCUUUUUUCUCCUUUUCAAAACAAAGGAAACUGAAGUACAAUAUAUGAAGGUGCCCGAUCCACUUUUCAAGUAUUAUUCACUAGGUUCCUUCGUGGUCAUUUUAUGUAUCCAUCUUCAAAUUUUUUUACAGGGAAG